CCGGAAGUGACGCAAUCACCGGAGGACCCGCGAUUUGCUGAGGCGAGAAAGAAUGGCUGCUGCCAGUGUAGCCGUUCUUUGCAGAAAAGUGUCAGCCGUUCUGAAGACUUCCAGGUGGUUAAUAAGUCCUCAGGCCCCUGCUGGCGCAGGGUUUUCUUUUAAUUUGGUGCCUAAGAAUAAACCAAGUGUCACAUCUUUACACCAGUGUAGAGUACUUCAUACCACGUUGUCAAGGAAGGGACUGGAAGAAUUUUUUGAUGACCCAAAGAAUUGGGGAGAAGAAAAAGUGAAAUCUGGAGCUGCAUGGACCUGUCAGCAAUUAAGGAACAAAAGUAAUGAAGAUUUACAUAAACUUUGGUAUGUCCUCCUGAAAGAAAGAAACAUGCUUCUAACUCUAGAGCAGGAGGCCAAGCGGCAGAUACUACCAAUGCCAAGCCCAGAGCGGUUAGAAAAGGUAAUAGAAUCUAUGGAUGCAUUAGAUAAAGUUGUCCAGGAACGAGAAGAUGCCAUAAGACUCCUUCAGACUGGUCAAGAGAAAGCUAGACCUGGUGCUUGGAGAAAAGACAUCUUUGGAAGAAUCAUCUGGCACAAGUUCAAGCAGUGGCCUAUACCUUGGUACCUAAAUAAAAGGUACAACAGGAAACGAUUCUUUGCAAUGCCCUAUGUGGAACGUUUUGACAGACUGAGACGUGAGAAACAAGCCCGUAUCCAAACAAGGAAGAAAAGUUUAGAGAAAAAGAAAGCAAAAUAUCUUCAGGAAAAGUUUCCACAUCUUUCUGAAGCCCAGAAGUCAAGUCUUGUCUAAGAUGUCUGAACUCUUGAUUUACCGUUUUGUUUUUCUUGGAUAAUAAUCUGUAUAAGAAACUACAUGUUAAGAGGUUUAUGAAGAAAUUGUUGUUUUAGUCAAACAGCUAUUUUAAGUGUUAAUAUGGCAAGCUAAUUCUGGAAGUGCUCAUGCUUUUGAAAAUCAGAUAUAAAAUUCAGAUUAAAAUUUUAUGUUAUAAAUUAUAACAUCUAAGAAGACUUCAACGUCACCUCUGUCUUAGAAUGGGGAAGUAAUGUCAACAUCUACAGAGAAGGCAAUUCCAGUUAAAUCUUGACUAAUAGUAAAAGGAUGUGGAGGUGGUGUGGGUACUGCUGUCAAUAAACAAUGAGGCCAUG